CACAGAGCGGCGCUCCAUUCCGUCUCAUAGCGAUGGUCCGCGUGUGCGCGGAGCAGCUGACGGACUUGGAAGCUCUCUGACUUAAGGCUCGCAGCAAAUCCCUUUAGCCGCGAGCUGACAUGGCUUGACUGAUUCCUGCGGGAAGUCUUCAGGAAAUGCAACAGGUGGAGGAGCUGUGGUUGUGAACCCUGGACCAUCCCCUCAUUAGCGUGCCCGGCUAGCUGCUGUGUGUCACUACUUGAAGGUGCCUGAGAGGAGAGGAGAGUCGGACGGGCAAACCACUGCACACACGGUCAGCUGCCACCAUGGAUGACAACAGUGUCAGUGUCUCCAAUGUAAAGGUGGCUGUUCGUGUGCGGCCAAUGAACAGGAGAGAAAAAGACCUGAAAACCAAAUGUGUGGUGGAGAUUGAUGGGAACCAGACAGUCCUGCAUCCAGCCGUCACUAGUAUGAACACAGCAGACCCCCGGAAUCAGCCCAAGGUCUUUGCGUACGACUACUGUUUCUGGUCUAUGGACGACUCUCAGAAAGACAAGUUUGCAGGUCAGGACGUGGUGUUCCAGUGCCUCGGGGAGAGUCUGCUGGACAAUGCCUUCAUGGGCUACAACGCCUGCAUCUUUGCUUACGGGCAGACGGGUUCUGGGAAGUCGUACACCAUGAUGGGCUCGUCAGAGCAGCCCGGUCUUAUCCCUCGACUCUGCAGCUCGCUGUUCAGCAGGACUGAGAAGGAGGCCCGUGAAGGGGAGAGCUUCACUGUGGAGGUGUCCUACAUGGAGAUUUACAACGAGAAGGUCCGAGACCUGCUCGACCCGAAGGGAAGCCGACAAGCGCUGAGAGUCAGAGAGCACAAAGUUUUGGGGCCUUACGUGGACGGUCUCUCCCGUCUGGCUGUGACCAGCUACGAGGACAUCGAGUCUCUGAUGUCAGAGGGAAAUAAGUCUCGCACGGUGGCGGCCACAAACAUGAAUGAGGAGAGCAGCAGGUCGCACGCCGUGUUCAACAUCAUCCUCACGCACACGCUCAUGGACCUGCGGUCUGGGACGAGCGGGGAGAAGGUGAGCAAGCUGAGUCUGGUGGAUCUGGCUGGAAGCGAGCGGGCAGCGAAGACUGGAGCUGCAGGGGAGCGGCUCAAAGAAGGCAGCAACAUCAACAAAUCUCUCAGCACUCUGGGUUUAGUCAUCUCUGCCUUGGCCGACCACGGAGCAGGGAAGAACAAGAGCAAGUUUGUCCCCUACAGAGACUCUGUGCUCACCUGGCUGCUCAAGGACAGCCUCGGAGGGAACAGUCGCACCGCCAUGGUGGCCACUAUCAGCCCAGCAGCAGACAACUACGACGAGACGCUGUCCACUCUUCGUUACGCCGACCGGGCCAAGAACAUCGUCAACCACGCCGUGGUGAACGAAGACCCCAACGCAAGGAUCAUCCGCGAGCUACGAGAGGAAGUGGAGAAGCUGAAGGAGCAGCUCACCGAGGCGGAGUCUAUGAAGGCCCCCGAGCUCAAGGAGCGACUGGAGGAGUCGGAGAAACUGAUCCAAGAUAUGACGGUCACCUGGGAGGACAAACUUAGGAAAACGGAGGCCAUUGCACAGGAGCGUCAGAGGCAGUUGGAGAGCCUGGGCAUUUCUCUGCAGUCGUCUGGUAUCCGAGUGGUCGAAGAUAAGUGCUAUCUGGUCAACCUCAACGCUGACCCUGCCCUCAACGAGCUGCUGGUCUACUACCUAAAAGAUCACACGCGCGUGGGUUCAGCCAACUCACAGGACAUCCAGCUGUGUGGGAUGGCCAUCCAAGCAGAACACUGUGUCAUUGACGUCACAGAGAGCCACGGCGUGGUGCUCACUCCUCACCGCAAUGCUAAAACGUACGUGAACGGCACAGAGGUCGUGAAUCCCGUGCAGCUUCACCAUGGCGACAGGAUCCUGUGGGGGAACAACCACUUUUUCAGGAUCAACCUGCCCAGGCAAAAGGUGCAAAAGGGGGGUGAGGAUGAGGAGGAUGCCGCGAUGACAAAGCGUUCGAGCAGCGACUGUCUGGAGGUCGGCGAGCCGGACGCGUGCAGCGACGUGUCGAGCGAGAGGAGCUUCGGCUACGAGUUCGCCCAGGCCGAGGUCAUGAUGAAAGGCAUGUGGAACAACGACCCGUUGCAGUCAGUGUUGCAGACCCUGGAGAAGCAGCACCAGGAGGAGAAGCGCUGUGCUCUGGAGCGCCAGAGGCAGAUGUAUGAACAGGAGCUGCAGCAGCUCCGCCAGCGAGUCACCCCCGAGAAACCAUCGGGCAUCCCAGGCAGUGCUACUGCAGCCGUGUUGUCAGCCGGCUCAAACAAACGUGUGCGUCGCUGGAGCGAGGACAGAGAGGCCAUGAUAACCCGCAGCCUGCGACGACUUCAAGAGCAGAUCGUUCGGGCUAGGCUGUUGGCUCAGGAGGCCGGCUUCAUUGCUGAGGAGCUCAACAAAAGGACUGAGUAUCUGGUCACUCUGCAGAUCCCGGCCGCCAACCUGGACGCCAACAGAAAGCGCGAUGCAGUGCUGAGCGAGCCGGCCAUCCAGGUGCGGCGUAAAGGUAAAGGGAAGCAGAUCUGGGCUCUGGAGAAGAUGGAGAACAGGCUGGUGGACAUGAGGGAGCUCUACCAGGAGUGGAAGGAGCUGGACGAAGACAAUCCAGUGAUGCGCUCCUAUUUCAAACGUGCCGACCCCUUUUUCGAUGAGCAAGAGAAUCACAGCCUGAUCGGUGUGGCCAAUGUCUUCCUGGCCUGUUUGUUCUACGACGUCAAACUGCAGUACGCGGUGCCCAUCAUCAACCAGAAGGGAGAGGUGGCAGGUCGGCUUCACGUCGAGGUGUGGCGUGGUACAGAGAGCUGUGAAGAGGAAGGUGGAGGCGGUCCUGACAAGCAGCUGAGCAGCACAGAUGGAGAUCCACAUGAGCGCAGACUCCGCUGCGUGGUGAAAAUCCUCCAGGCCACCGGGCUUCCUCGCCACCUGUCCAACUUUGUCUUCUGCCAGUAUCGCUUCUGGGCGCAGGAGGAGCCGGUGUUCACCGCUCCAGAGGUGGCCUCUUCCAGCUCGGCGUCCGCCUCCAGAGACCCUCAGUGUACUGUAGUGUUUGACAGCACCAAGGAAUUAUCUGUGCCGGUAUCGGAAGAUUUUGUGGAAUUUCUGGCUGAGGGGGCGGUGGCCAUCGAAGUGUACGGUCACAAACAGGCUAACCAUCGCAGGAAUCUGGCACUGUGGGACCUGGGAGUGAUCCAAGCCAAGACCAGAUCCCUCAGAGAGAGGUGGAGCGAGGUGACCCGUCAGCUUGAAUUGUGGGUGAAGGUGAUGGAGCUGAAUGAGGCGGGAGAGUUCACAGCUGUAGAAGUUGUUCCUGCUAAAGACGUCCGGACAGGAGGAAUCUUCCAGCUCAGACAGGGACAGUCUCGGCGAGUGCAGGUGGAGGUUUGUCCAGUCCCGGACUCGGGCACCAUGCCACUUGUUGCAGCCUCCAUCCUGUCUGUGUCUAUUGGAGAUGUAAAGGUCCGACAGGUGCGUCUCCCCAAAAAUGAUCCAAAACAGGGUACAGAUGAAGAAAUGGACAGCUAUCAGGAGGUGGACCUGGAGAGGAUGAGGGAACAGUGGCUGGUCACGCUGACGCAGAGACAGGAGUAUUUGGACCAACAGCUGCAGAAGAUCGUCUGUAAAGCAGACAAGUCGGAGGAUGAUGUUGAAAGGGAAUCGCAGCUGUUGGAGUGUCGGCUGACCCUCACCGAAGAACGGAACGCCGUCAUGGUCCCGUCCGCUGGCAGCGGCAUUCCUGGAGCACCAGUAGAGAGGGUCCCUGUACCUGGGAUGGAAACACACACUCCUGCCCUGUUUCUGGAUCUCAGUGCCGACGAUUUCCAGUCCAGUCUGUCAGCCCCGCUGGCCGGAGGACAGGAUGCGCUGCUCAGUGGGGAAGAUGAAGACGACUUCUUUGACCUCCAUAUUGUUAAACACUAUGAUCCAGAGGUGAAGGCCGAGGCGUCCUGGGACUCCACGGUCCACGAGUGCCCCCAGCUGAGUCGCGUGGCGCCUGCUGACCAGAGGGUGUACCUGACGGUGCGCACGGUGGUGCAGCUGAGCCAUCCGGCCCACAUGCAGCUGGUCCUCAGGAAACGCAUCUGUGUCAGUGUUACUGGGAGACAGGGUUUUGCCCAGAGUCUGCUGAAGAGGAUGUCUCAGCGGAGCUCCGUCAGCGGCUGUGGGAUCACCUUUGAAGUGGUUUCUAACAUCCCAGGAGACAUCCACGGUCCAGAGGACCGGGAGAUGCUGGCCCGGCUGGCCGCCAGCGCAGAGGACGAGCAGUCGGCCGCCAGCGAGGCAGCCAUCGAGAAAUACCUCCGCAGUGUCCUGGCUGUGGAGAACAUCCUGACGCUGGACAGGCUCAGACAGCUGUCAGGCAGCAGCCUGGAUCUUGGCUCCUCCCCUCUUAAGCUCAAAGACUUCAAGGCCUGGGACAGUCAUCACGACCUCUCUGUGGCGCCGCCUCCUCCUUCCAGACGCACACUUCCCAGCUCCUUGUCCCAGAAUCUGAACGCAGAGACGGUGAAGGCCGUACCCAGGCUACUGAAGUCGCUGCUUCCUGGUGGGAAAGAGGGCAGAGACCAGACAGCUGUCCAUCAGCAGAGUCUGCCGCGCAUCGUGGUGCAGUCGGCCAGCGUUGAAGAGGACAUGAGCAAACAGCGGCAGGCGGUCCCCAUUGAUGAAACAGAAAUCCCCAGAUCUGUGCCUCUUCCACCUCCAAUCAUCCCAGAAACUGAAGACUCCACCACCAGUCCAGUGAGCGAGGCUUCCAGUGGAUAUAUGUCAACAAGCAUAUCUACAGUAACGCUGUCAGAAGUCUACACGCUGAGCUGGGACUUGCCUUCGUCAUAUGGUAGCAGGGAUGGCUUUGAAACUGUGCUCGAUGAGCACGAGGAGGAAAAUGUGACACAGAAGUUCUCUCCUUUCUCUGACACCACACAAUCGGACACUCUUCUUUUAGACCAAUCAGGGCCUCAGGAAUUACUGAGUUUGAGACAGAAAGCAGAUGCAGAGAGUAUGGAGCAGGAGCCAUCUGAACCAGCUGUUAUGCCGAGUCAACAAGAACCAAAUCGGUUCCUAUCAGACCAGUUAAAGGAGGCCGAAAAAUCUGAUCCAGCUGCAGAAGCGGAAUUGCCAGACCAGACCGAACAAAAACAGGACCGUGGAUCAGAGCAACGAGAUCAUUCAGAGGUGGCACAAAACAAUGGGACCAAGCAGACAGAAGUGCGCCAUGUAGACCACAGUGAACCAAAGACUCCUUCAAGAGAAGAUCUCGAGGUGGCUGCCACAAACAAAGUAGAAUGUGAACUGGCGUUUUCUAAUGAGACACAACGAUCUGCUCAAGAAGGAGCGAGGCGUUUGGAAUCAACCGUCCUGCAACCCCAGCAGCGCACACAAGAUCAGACGGCUUCAGACUUUAUUCAAGAUCCUUCUCCAAGCCUGAUCCAAGCCUCAAGUCCUGAUCCAGGACUGCCUGUAGACCUGGCUGCUCAAGCUUCAUCCAAGCAACAGUCAACUUCUGAUGUUCCAGAAACAAAUGGUGCCUCCUUCCUACCCUCAUCCUCAGCCACCAGUGUGGUUCAGCAGCCAGCAGCUUCUGUCAAACCUGCCAAAGGCCCCAUUUCUUCUCCCAAAUCAGGUCCCUCGGUAGCUAACCCCUUCAAGAUCCAGAAAGUGAAGUCUUCAGACCUCAAGUCAUUUCUGCAGAUUCUGAGUGAGGAGGAGCAUGAUACCCCCACACUGGUGAACCAACCCUCAAGUUGUGGGACAGGACCCAACCUUUCAGUGCCGAAGGAAAGUCUGGAAAUCAUCUCUGACACAGAGGAUGGAGAUACAGCUGCUUCUGCUGUUCUUCCCGAGUGGUUGAAAGAGGGCGAGUUUGUGAGUGUGGGGGCUAAUAAGAGUGGUACGGUGCGAUAUUUGGGACCCACAGAUUUUGCAGAGGGGACUUGGGUUGGAGUGGAACUUGAAGUACCAGCAGGAAAGAACGAUGGGUCAGUGGCUGGUAAGCACUACUUCCACUGCAACCCUGGUUACGGCGUGUUGGUAAGACCUGACAGAGUAACCCGUGGCGAUCCCAAACGCCAUCGCCAGCAGCAACAAAAACGCCGUAGUGCCCAUCUGUCGGGGUCCAGCCCAAACCUGGCAGCCCUUACAGCUCUGGCCAAAGGCGAAGGUGGAACCGGAUCAACCGGUCGCGGCAGGGGGGAGAACCGCAAGUCGUGGAACACUUAAAUGGCUCAUUGCUGGGCAUCCCCAGCACAUCACUGCCCAUAUGGGACAAAAGCUUAAGCCUACUGGCACAGUGGUGUCUGGCGCACUCUAGACCGAUUUACUGGAGGUUUGACAGUAAGUUUGGAUGAGUCACUCCACGCUCUCGUGUCUGGAGGAUGAUUUUUGGCUUUUCCUGUUACAGGACUCCAUUCCUGUGUGACAUACUUGGCAGACAUUGGAUGUUUUAUCUGAAAAUGUGAAUGCUUUUAGAUAAUUACACGCUAACCUUUUAUAAAUGUAUUUAUUCAAAAGACAUUACAUUGUAAUCAAAGCACUGCGACCUGUAUAUGUCGUGUAAGGAAGCAAGGGUACACAUGAAGUACGCUACAGACGGAUUCACAGGAGGCACCGUUUCCUUUUUACUGUGCAUACCAAAAAUUACCCCCCCCCCAAAAAAAAAGGCUAGCCGAUUUCUUUCUCGUGCAGUUCCAAAGAUAAACAAAUAUCAGCGCAGACAUCCAGAUGUGUUUUGUAAUGUAUGACCAUAUGGUGUGCUAUUAGUCUUGUGCCUUGAAAUGCUUUGAAUAAAGCCUUUGGAAAAAUGCCUUGGACACGUCCCGCCGCACUGUGUAGGAAUAAAGGGGAUUAUUCUGAUGUGAUUCUGCUGGUUAAAAUUAUUGCACUCGUCAAAAAUGCUACUGCUGGAAUUUUGCAACAGUUAUAAAUCUAUAUUUUCCUCUUCCUGCCAAGAAAAUGCAGGAAUCUGCAUUAGUUUCACGUGAGGGUGUUUGAGAACUUUACUUGUGACUUUCCCUGUAUGUGCUGCAGUCUGUUUGGUGAGGAUUGUGUUGGUUUUAAUGUUGUGUUAGUUUUUGUGCAGAAAUGUGUUUUAAUACAUUUGCAUUUAAAAUGAUCAAGCUUGAAUGUUUGUUUAAAGAUCAACUUUUUAUAAGUGAUAAUAAAUCAAUUUAAUUCUGCUGUCUGUGUGUGUGUCUGUGUGUGUGUGU